AUGCACUUCUCUUCCCUCGUAGCUCUUCUUCCCUUCUUGGCACUUGCCACAGCUUCGCCAGUAGACAAAAGUCUCAAUAGGCGAUACAACGGCGUUCGAAUCAAAUCAAACCGAAACGGCCAGUGUCUGUCCGUCCCCGGUGAUGCUCGUGCAGACGGUGUCCGUGUCCAAACCGUCGAUUGUGCUUAUGCUCAGAAAUGGAUUAUCAAUCCCGGUUCUGGUAGCGUUAUCCACGAGACUGGAUUCGCACUCGAUGCCGGAACAGGACGAGACAACAAUGAGAUUGUCAAGCUCUGGACUUCGUACCCCACUCUCUUCCAGCAGACUUGGUUCUUGACCGGUGACAAUCGAAUCGCAAUUACCGGUGGUGAUCAAUGUCUUGAUCAAGGUGAUGACAACGAAGGUACUCAGACCUGGAAGUGUACCACCGGUAACACAAACCAAAUUUGGAACAUUAUUGACGACAAUGGCAAUAACUUGGACCCCAAUGCCAACGGUGGUGGAUCAACACCCGCUCCUACUCCUACGCCAACCCCAGCUCCUACCAUCCCAGUCAAGGACGUCUACGCUGACCCUGCUGAUGGGUCUCACCGACUUCAUCCCAACGGCCGAGAGGAUCUCUGUGUCACUGUCGAUUCCGGCAAAGUCGACACGGGAACUCAAGUGAACAUUGCCUACUGUGCUGCCAAUGACUCUGAGACCUCUAAAUACCAACUCUUUUCAGUUACAGGUGGUCAAAAGGGAUUAGUAGCUCUCAAGGCGUUCCCCAACAAGUGCCUCAACUCUAACCCCAGCAAUGGCCAAGCUGUUUUCAUUGAUGAUUGUAACAAAAACUCCACGACUCAAUCGUGGGAUUACGCGGGUAACAAAUUGAAGGUUGACAACGGAGGCAAUAUCUGUCUUGACGUUGUCUUGAACUCUGGAAAGACAGCUCAAUCUCCUUAUGACAUCGAAGAGCGACUCCAAACUUGGGAAUGCUUUGAAGAUAACACUCAACAAAUCUUCACAAUCAAGUACUAA